CGUUUGAGCAUCAUCACGGCUCCCUGCGUAGACAUCAGCUCAGUGACAACACCACAGAACAUGUGAUGUUCGUUCUCACACUCAUGGAUUGUGCAAAUCGACUGCUUGAAGCAGCAUCCUGGAACAAUUGUGACACGACCUCGAGCUCCUCCAAGGCCGACGCAGUCAUCCUGGACGACGGCGCGCGGAUUACCAACACACACAGGAUGAGCUCCGGAAGGAGACCAGGCACAACCGAUACGAGCCACCGAUGGUCCUUGAUCUCUCCAUGCCAGAGCAAGACUGCGAAUGACCCGCCACGCAGAGCGAUAUGUUGCGAUAACAGAGGGAAUGUAUUGAUUCAGGAGAGCUUGUUAGACUUGAGCUGUACGGAAUGCAUGCAGAAAACUAAAGCCGCUUACAGCUCUCCUUGACAAUUAAACACAGUAAUUGGCUCAUGAGCUUCGAACUUUCGACACCGGCAGGUGCGCCAAAAACCGUCUUCAGAGACGGCGGGACGUAGAAGUCGCGGAUGCGGCGAUCCAAUGCCAGAAUCGUAGCGUAGGGUUUACUAUGGAGUGAAACCCCCAUCACAUCAUGCAGAAGCAGGGAGUACUGAGAAGCCCAAGUCAAAU